CAGUAAGCUGGUAGAAGCUUGUUGCUUAAAUCUGUGCAGUGCCAGAAAGUAAAGAAGAAACGACGUCGGACACGCAGACAGAAUAACAAGCUUUAAUUCUGUGAACAGAGUAAGAGCAAAAUGGGCUGUUGAACUAACGUCUCGGGAACACUUGUCACCUUGUUUUCGUUAGUUCAGUUGAGCUGCCGUGUCGUCUCCCCUAGCUGGUGCGUGAUCGCCGUAUCCUCCGGGAUGAUGAGAUCACCAAUAGAAAGUGCCUUUGAGAAGAUUUCCCCGACUUGAAGUUGGUCUGUGUACAUUGGUCUGUAUCUGCUUUCUUUAAAGCCAGGCUCGAGCACCAACACAGCAUACCUCAGCUGCAAGCCCUUCGCCACCACUUUGUACAAUAUCACCACCUAAAUCAAUGCUAAAAUAGACCCACAAUAUAAGAGAAUAGGAGGAUGGAGACGAAUGACCUGAGAAUGACUACAGUGACAAGCCUGCAUUAACUUUCCCCCACUUGUCUGAUAUUUAUGGGCACCAUCAGUUGUGGAAUAUACAAUUGAACUUGACCUAGAAAAAAAAAACAUCUACAGUUGUUUCCCAUUGAUGAGUGAUUUCUCAGCCAUCUGAUCUUUCUGUUCCAGCUGAUGGAGGACUUACCAGGUUGUUUUAAAAGAGGACUUUGUACAUACAGUCAACCUACAGAUUUUAGUGUAUGAGGCACAGAACAAUAAUAUUGACUUUUAAAAUUUAAUGUAUGAUUUAAAACCUUUGGACAUGGCAUUGAACAUUUCUUCAGUAAGAGACACAAAAUGGCUGACACUGGAAGUCUGUCGACAGUUUCAGCGAGGAAACUGUUCUCGUAGGGACGAGGAAUGCAAAUUUGCUCAUCCACCGAAGAGCUGCCAAGUUGAAAAUGGUAGAGUUAUUGCCUGCUUUGACUCACUGAAGGGCCGAUGCUCAAGAGAAAACUGCAAGUAUCUUCAUCCACCUUCGCACUUAAAAACCCAGUUGGAGAUAAAUGGGCGCAACAAUCUCAUCCAGCAGAAGACUGCGGCAGCCGUACUCGCCCAACAGAUGCAGCUUGUGAUCCCUGGACCCAGCAUGCAGCCUGUGGGACUUGGCACAAAUACUGGUCUUGGUUAUGGCUCAUACAUGACACCCUUGAGCCAUGGAAUGAGCCUUGUUCCCUCAGACAUCCUCCCGAGCACCCAAGUUCUUGUUCCUGGGAGCCCACCUGUCACGGUCCAGAGUUCCUCUUCUUCUUCUUCUUCUUCCUCCUCUUCUCCCUCACAGAAGCUGCAACGUACAGACAAACUAGAGGUUUGUCGUGAAUUUCAGCGGGGAAACUGUUCAAGAGGGGAGACAGAUUGCCGCUUUGCUCACCCCAGUGACAGUCCAAUGAUUGACACCACUGAUAACACUGUCACUGUUUGCAUGGACUAUAUCAAGAGCCGCUGCUCCAGGGAGAAGUGCAAGUAUUUUCACCCACCUGCACACUUGCAGGCCAAAAUCAAAUCCAGUCAGCAAGUCAAUCAGACAGCCAUCACAGCCCAGGCCGCAGCUGCAGCCAUGACUCAGUCGACUGCCAAAGCAAUGAAGCGACCCCUCGAGGCAACUGUAGACCUGGCCUUUCCCCACAGCGUCCUACAACCCCUACCAAAGAGACAAGCUCUUGAGAAGAGCAGCUGGACCAGCUCUCUCCUCAGUCCCAGUUUUUUGCACUACCAACAGGCUCUGGCCAAUGCACAGCUGCAGCAGCCCACUGCAGCAUUUUAUCCCACAGGUUCUGUCUUCUGCAUGACUCCUGCUAACAGCAUUGUCCCCAUGAUGUACAGUGCUACGCCUGCUACUGUCUCUGCAGCAACUACUCCCGCCACAAGUGUCCCCUACGCAGCAACAGCAACAGCCAAUCAGAUCAUCCUCAAGUAACCACCAGAAACAGGAGUCAGUGCCAUGUUGCUGCUGUUAAGGGUCCCAAACAGCCGCUCUGUAAAUACUCUGUUAACCCCACACAACACAUACAAGCUGCAUGCUAAUAACAUCACUGAUGGAAAAUGUGUAAACAUUACUUUUAUCUAUAAAAAUAAAUUACAUAGCUCAAUUACUAGGAUUAUAUGGUCUUAGAGAAAUAACACAGAAGAUUAUUGUAUGUACAUGCCUUUGCACCUGAGUUAACAUACAUCCUCAGUAAUGUGCAAAACAUCCUGGUUUCUAUUUCCAAAACCCAAUUCUGACACGGUCUGAGGUGCAUUUACCCUCUGAAUGAGCGGAAAUGCAGUCUGACUCAAAUUCGCAUAUUGGAGCCUCAUAAAUAAAAAUUAACCUUUCUGAAUAAAUUCAACCAUGAAACAAGUGGAAAUCAGACAGAAAUGUAUUUUACUGACAAUUGUAAGAGAUCACGACACACCUAAUCUGAGAUCAGUUUUCAGUGUGUAGACAGAACAUGUUAAUGCCAUGUGUUAAUUGGUCCUAUAUUAUUAUCAACAUAAUAUUGAGCAACAAAUUAUUUUUUCCUUCUUGAAUGUCAUAUAAUCUAAAAAGUUUUUUUUCACAUUAAUGAUUGUUUAUCUAGUGCCGGAUUUAAUUAUUUUAAGAUAACUCGUGAAAGCACUUAUUUUAACUUUAAACUCCACAUUGUAAAAAUGUAACGUGACAGCAGGCUUAUGGAAGUUCUGGGGUAGUCAAUCUGGGUUCUUUGCCCUGUUAUCCCCAGAAAACAGGAUCAGAGCUCCACCUCCUGGUGUGCCUUUGCAUUGCGUAUACUGUGCAUUAUGUUUGUUGGCACAAAAUUCUAUUAAACCUAUUUUCUACAGAUACGUUCUCUCUUGAAGGUAGUAAAGCAACAGUGAUUCAAACUGUUAAUUUUCCCCUCUUCCUUUGGAUUAUUGGUCCAGGUGAUGUUUGACUUGUUGAUGUAUCCAUGUGGUGGUUUUCAAUUCUGGGGCAGAUUCACAAAGAUAGACUUUGACUGUGGCUUAGAUCAAACCUAUAAUAGUCAGACUUCAGAUAAACAUCCAAAUUCAUCCAUUUAACAAAGCUCUCUACUUCUUGUCUGUAUGAAUUAGGACUAAUGUACUAUUAACUCCGGGUGUAUUUACAAACUUGAAAACAUGGCUGACUGAGUAACUAUAUCAAACUGCUCAGCAGAAAAUGUUUGCCUGCUUAAAGAAUUUGUCAGUUACAGGACAUUUUACUGGAAAUAUUCAGUGAAGAGUAUAACAAUACAAAAACCUUGUAUUAUUAUAAAAUGUCAAUGCAGUGCAGACCUGUAGCAGAUCUGAGAUGCUGUGGCUUUUAAUGUGGCUAACUCAUCAGUCAGACUCAGGAUACUCUCUUGGGGCAAACAAAAUGAAGAUGUCCUCAUUGCUGUAUAUUUUCAACAGAUUACUGCAGUCACUAAAAACUCUUCUUCUUAUCAUUAAACAGUCCACAACAUUAUUAGCAAACCACAAAUUAUGAGCCAUAUUUUUUCAGACAUAUUGUCUGAUGAAAAACAACUACAGUGUAGAGUCUUAUGUGAAGCAGAAUUUGGCCAAAAGUCAAAGAUCUCUGUACACACUUACCUUCAGGUACAUUACCAUUAGCUAUUGAAAGAAGUAAAGUUCAUGUCUGACAAAUGUAUCAUCACUGCAAUGGUAUUGUUGGUGUCUUCGAAGUCAUGUGGGCUGGGCACCGCAUACAUGUGCAUGACACCAAAUAUAAUUCACUAAUUGGCCUAACACUACAAAGCAGUCUAAAUUAUCUUUGGGAAACCAGCCCCUGGUUCAACUUGAAGAUACUGUAUAGCAAACCACGUUUUUAGGAAGAGCCUCCACAGUCAUUAUAAUGAACUCAAUAAAAGGGUAUUGGAAUACUACUACUCAUAACUAAAGUUCUUGUGAUACUAUAAAGUUCGAGUUGAGUAGUGUGUGCACUGCUAGUCUUGCUGUUACAGUCAGUUGUCAGUACUGUAUUAUUUGAAUGUUACAAGUGCCUAAAGAAUUGUGCAUGCAAUUACAUCUAAGCAUAUUUAAAAGGCUUUGUGGGAAAAAUCAUUCAAUUAAAUCGACUCAACUCACAUUUAGAAAGAAAUGUUUAGCAAUGCCAUGUCAGUGCAUUAGUAUGUUGUGUUCGCCUGUUUAGAUUUAGUCUUAUAAUUAAUUUCCAUUCAUGUGACAUUCACUCACAUUUGUAUGUACUAUGUAUAAGAAUGAAUAUCCAGUUUAAUUUUAUUUCGUUUCACAUUUAAGAUGAUAAAGUAGUUUCCGAUGAUGUCUCCUAAUUAGUUAAAUGCGCAGUAAAAUACUAUAUGUAGUAAAAUAGAAUAUAAGGAAAUAGACUUUUUGGUGCAGUUGUGUAUGAUUGAUACCACAAUAUGCAAUUACCUGACUGUGUUUAAAACUUAGAGCAGGCAGAGUGGGCAUUGUGUCUGGUUAAGUGAAAAACAAAACUGAUGUUUAACAUAUGUAAUGUUCUCUUGAACAUCUUUUUAUAUAAAUUUUAGUUACCUGUUUUGCAGUGUGUGAAAACAUCAACCUUUUCCUUUAAUGUUUCUGUGUGUCUUUUCAAGUGACUGGUAUGUUUUUAAAUUGUGUGUGAUUAACUCAGACAAUCCACCAAGAGAUGUUGCAUUUGUUAACAUUUUCAUUAUGUAUUUUCAUUGUGAAAAUUUUUACACAUUAUUGGAUGGAAUAUAUGGAGUAUACUUGGAUAUUUUACUUGUUUAACUUUAGCUACGAACACGUUUAAAGUUCUCAAUAUUCUCUUCUAUUUUAUGAUGAAUGUAAUUUAUUAAACUGACUUUAGCUCUGUUGGAGGUUCCUCAAAGGGCCUUCAUCUGUUGUUUUUAGCCUAUGAAAAGCCGCCUGUGUCGAGGGAUCAUAUGUUGGAGCAAAGAGAAGCUUAGAACAUUUCAUCCUUGCUACUGCCUUGUCAGCUGUAAGGGACAACAAACCUCUGUAUGAGCAAGGCCAUAGAAUUGCUUUUUAUGUACAAAAGUGCAUUGUACAGCCCACAUUUAACAAAAAAGUAAUUAAUGGUUUGCCAUGUUACUGUUUUGAUUUGUUGCUGAGGCAGCCUGAAGUUGCAGUGACUAAAAUUUGUAUUUUUGUAGGUGAUAUAAAUAGUUUUUCCUCCUCACAAUAACACAUUAGACUAUACUUUCAGAUAUUUGACUUUAUUACACCAUGGUGAAAACACUAAGUGAUAGAGUGCAUAAAAAUAGUGUUUUAAUCUGAAUUUUGUGUUUUACAUAGUUUCCACUGCAUGUCAACAUCUUGCAAAAAAAUAUAAUCCACCACACAGUGAGCUAAAAUUUCAGAGGUCACUUGAUGGUUCAGCGGCUGUAUAAAACUUAAUUAUUUUUUUGAUUAUAUGAUUGCUUUCAAAGUUUAGGUUGCUAUUAAAUAGAUGAUACGUUUCCCUAAUUUAUUAUACCUUCAAAUAAAAGGCAUAUUUCUGAAUGUUUGUUUCACCGUUUGGCAAAAAGCUUGAAUGUCAAGAAAACGCCUGCACAUGGAGCUUGUUUGACAUUUUGAUUCACCCAGUCAAAAACAAAUGGACAGUAAGAAUGUUUGGUCUGACUGACUGACGGAAACAUUUCUCUUAAGCACUUUCUCAAAGGUCAGUCGACUGAGAAGACAUGCUUUUUGUGAACUUUGCCUUAUCUUUGAUCUAAUCCUACGUUUGCAUUUGUUCAGUAAUUGUGAAUUCAGUAUCUAAUAACUAAAACUAAUUUCCCUCAAUCGUUUUGUGAAAUUGUUACAGCAUGAAUUUUUAGUUUACGGCCAAAAUGACAGACUGUAAAACAAACUGAAACACUACCCUGAAACGCAUGAUGAUGAUGAGACUGACUAACUUGUUAUUAUAAAUGGUUAUAUUAAAAUUACAAGACUUCUGAUGAAGCUGUAUCAGUGCCAUUUGGUUCCAUUCUGGUCUGAAUAUAAACUUUCCCUUUUGCUUUUUUUUUCUUUUGAAACGUGAAAUAAUUUUAUUUGUGCAUAAUUAAACAUUUCAUGUGGAUAGUUUUGUUCCUGUAAAUUCUAAAUUGUGUAAUAUCUAAUAUUGCAAAUAAAUAAAUGUCAAAUAAAUGCCA